CUUUUCAUUUUUUUUAUUCCUUCUGCUCUCCAUUAAAAUGGAAGAAGGGACUGGUUGCACCCACUUCUUCUCAUUACAAUGGGGUUUCUCCCUCAAGUUCUGUUGUUCUCCGCUUUAAUUCUUCACUCAUGGGCACUCGAAAGCGAACCUGGAUUGGAAAUGAAGCUCCUCAGCCAGGAACUGUUGGAAUCGGCAAGGGAGACUCAGUUCCUGAAUUGGUUGAAAGGGGUUCGAAGGACAAUCCACCAGUACCCAGAGAUCGGCUUCCAGGAGCAUAAAACUAGUGAAUUCAUCAGGUCAGAGCUCGAAAAGCUCGGAAUCGAAUACUCAUGGCCAGUGGCGAAAACAGGGGUGGUAGCAUCUAUCGGAUCUGGUGAGCACCCUUGGUUCGGUCUCAGAGCAGACAUGGAUGCCCUUCCAUUACAGGAAUUGACAGAGUGGGAGUACAAGAGCAAGAUUGAUGGUAAGAUGCACGCCUGCGGCCACGAUGCCCAUGUCACCAUGCUCAUCGGUGCCGCUAAGUUGCUCCAAAGUCGAAAACAUCAAUUGAAGGGCACCGUCAAACUUGUUUUCCAACCAGCAGAGGAGGGUUUAGGAGGUGCUUAUCAUAUCUUACAAGAAGGCGUUCUUGACAACAUUCAAUCUAUCUUUGGGUUGCACGUCGCACCCGAGUUGCCUACUGGAACCAUUGGUUCGAGACCUGGUCCAAUAAUGGCCGCCUCCGGCCGCUUCUUGGCUGUAAUUUUCGGAAAAGGUGGUCACGCGGCAGCUCCUCACAAAACUAGAGACCCAAUUCUUGCGGCGUCCCUUGCGAUCCAAUCGCUGCAACAAAUCGUUUCUCGAGAGAUAGAUCCUCUUGAAAGUGGGGUAGUCUCAAUCGGAUUUAUACAGGGCGGCCAAGCAGAAAAUGUUAUCCCAGAGAUUGUGAGUUUUGGAGGAACUUUCAGGAGCAUGAGCACUGAAGGUAUCUCUCGCCUUCGGAAUCGAAUCAAAGAGAUCAUAGAGAUGCAGGCAGAAGUACAUCAGUGUAAGGCUACUGUGGAUUUCAUGGACAAGAAACUCAUUCCAUAUCCACCAAAUGUGAAUGAUGAGGCAGCAUACGAGCACGCGAGGAGGGUUGGGCAGAACCUACUUGGGGAAGCCAAUGUGAACUUGAGUCCCAUGAUGAUGGGUGCGGAGGACUUCAGCUUCUAUUCUCAGAAGAUGACUACUGCAUUUUUCUUCAUUGGAAUAAACAAUGACACUCAAAAGCCAUAUCAACCACUGCACUCCCAACACUUCGUUCUUGAUGAGGAGGUCCUCCCCAUUGGAGCAGCUCUCCAUGCUGCUGUUGCUAUGACUUAUUUAGACAGCCAAGCUCAAGUUAUUGGUUAAGAUGUCUAUGUUGAAAAGGGAGAGAGCAAAAGUUGUUACUUGUCUUCAAGUAUCAAAUACAAAGCGGGUACAGAUCAGUUAGGGUCCCUCCCAGAAGAAGAGAUUUAUGAUCAGCUAUAAGGGAAUCUGUGAGUCUGGAACAAUACAACACACAAAUAGAAUAAUAACUCUCCUUGUAUAUCAAGUAUCUGAAA